AUGGCAAAGAAGGGCAAAUUAAAUACCAGUCAACGUAAAAAUCUACGUUUAAAGGAAAAUGAGCACAUCGAAAACUUAAUCGCCAAGGUCGAGGAGUACGAUCCAAGCUUAUCUAAAGCAAAGUUUUUUAAAGAUUUGCCUAUUAGUGCGCAAACAUUAAAGGGUUUAAACGAAUCCGCAUUUAUCCAAUUAACCGGCAUUCAAAGAGAUUCCAUACCAGUAUCACUAAAGGGCCAUGACGUUCUAGGUGCAGCUAGAACAGGUUCUGGUAAGACACUUGCAUUUCUAAUACCUGUUUUGGAAAAGCUUUACAGAGAAAAAUGGACAGCUUUUGAUGGUUUAGGAGCAUUAAUCAUAUCCCCCACCAGAGAGCUUGCCAUGCAAAUUUACGAAGUUUUAAUCAAAAUAGGGAGACAUACUUCAUUCUCUGCGGGUUUAGUUAUCGGCGGUAAAGAUGUGAAGUUCGAAUCAGAAAGAAUAUCCAAGAUUAACAUUCUAAUAGGUACACCAGGUAGAGUUCUUCAACAUCUGGAUCAAGCUGUUGGAUUAAGUACAUCAAACUUACAAAUGCUUGUUCUAGAUGAAGCAGAUAGAUGCCUGGACAUGGGGUUUAAAAAGACUCUUGAUGCAAUUGUUAGUAAUUUACCAGCAUCUAGACAGACCUUAUUAUUCUCAGCAACCCAGUCAAAUUCGCUUGCCGAUUUGGCAAGACUAUCUCUUACCGACUACAAGAGUGUUGGAACCUUGGAAAUGGCAGAUGAUAAUCAAGCAAAUAGUUCAGCUACUCCAGAAACUUUACAACAAUCCCAUAUUAUUGUGGCUCUGCCUGACAAAUUGGAUAUUCUUUUCAGUUUUAUCAAGACUCAUCUUAAAGCAAAGUUGAUUGUAUUUCUUUCAAGUUCAAAACAAGUUCACUUUGUUUAUGAAACUUUUAGAAAGAUGCAACCAGGUAUUUCCUUGAUGCAUUUACACGGUAGACAAAAGCAGAAAGCAAGAACAGAGACGUUGGAUAAAUUUAAUCGUGCACAACAUGUUUGUCUAUUCGCGACGGAUGUUGUUGCAAGAGGUAUUGAUUUUCCUGCUGUUAACUGGGUCAUACAAGUCGAUUGCCCCGAAGACGUAGACACUUACAUUCACAGAGUUGGUAGAACCGGACGUUAUGGUAAGAAAGGUAAAUCUCUCAUAAUGUUGACGCCACAAGAACAGGAAGGUUUUCUGAACAGACUAAAGUCAAGAAACAUUGAACCAGAAAAAUUAACAAUCAAGCAGUCGAAAAAGAAAUCAAUAAAGCCUCAAUUACAAUCAUUGCUAUUUAAGGACCCUGAACUAAAGUAUUUAGCUCAGAAGGCUUUUAUUUCUUAUGUAAGAUCAAUUUACAUCCAGAAAGACAAGGAAGUUUUCCAUUUUGAGGAAUUACCAACAGAGGAUUUUGCAAGAUCUCUAGGACUACCCGGUGCACCAAAAAUCAAGAUCAAGGGCAUGAAAGCUAUAGAACGUGCAAAGACUAUCAAGAAUACAUCUAGAAGCUUGUUAUCGCUAUCAAAGGCUAACAAUGAUGGCGACCUAGAAGAAAAAUCCAAACCAGUGAGAACUAAAUAUGACAAAAUGUUUGAACGUAAGAACCAAACAGUUUUAAGUGAACAUUAUCUAAACGUAACAAAGGGAGAACUUGAAGAUGCGGAAGAUGAUUUUAUAACUAUUAAACGUAAAAACCAUGCCUUAGUUGAAGAGGAAUUACCAGAGCUGACUCUUCCAACUUCGAGAAGAGGUCAAAAGAAAGCACUUUCUAAAAAGGCCUCUUUAUCCUCAAAGGGAAAUGCAACUAAAAUUCUUUUUGAUGAUGAAGGUAACUCGCAUCCUGUAUAUGAACUAGAAGGGGAAGAAGAAUUCCAUAAAAUGGGAAGUGCUGAAGCUCAAAAGGAGAAAUUUUUGAACAAGGAAUCUGAAAUCAUGACAAGAGUUGACACAGAUGAUAAACUGGUUGCAAAAGAGAAGAAGCAGGAGAAGAAGAGAAAAAGACUUGAAGCCAUGAGAAGAGAAAUGGAAGCUGCCUAUGAUGAAGAUGUGAGUGAUGAGGAAGCCGUGGCUUAUCUAGGUACUGGUGAAUUAAGUGAUGAUAUGGAAGAAAAUGAAAAUCAACGUCCCGUAAGGAAAAGAGCAAGGUAUGAAUCCGCUUCAGAAGGCAGUGAUGACGAGAAGGUCGACAACAAUGUUGUCGAACUUGAGGAACCUCAAACUCUGGAAGAUUUAGAAUCUUUAACGGCAAAGUUAAUUCAAGGCUGA